AUGGCUGCAUUCUCUCGUUUAGCGGUAGCUUGUCAGCUCCUCAGCAUCUUCACAAUACCUACACUUGGCGCUGCUGUUCAACAGUACGACUAUGUGAUCGUAGGAGGAGGCAUCACCGGUCUGGUUGUGGCGAACCGGCUUUCAGAAGACAGGAGCAAGUCCGUACUUGUGAUUGAGGCUGGAGAUACCGUCGAUACCGAUGCUACAAAGAUUCCCUACAAGGCCAACGACCUGACCGCUGCCAAUGGACUCAUGUGGGACGGUAUCAACUCGAAGCCGGAACCUGGACUCGGCAACAACAGCUACCCCGUCAUCGUUGCGAAAGUGCUAGGCGGCGGCAGUGUAAUCAACGGCAUGGUAUAUGACCGUGGUAGCGCUGCCGACUAUGAUGCAUGGGAAGCCCUUGGAAACCCAGGCUGGGGCUGGAACGACCUUGAGCCCUACUUCAAGAAAGGAACAACAUAUCAGCCUGCGACACCUGACGUUGUGAGAGACUUCAACAUCACAUGGGAUGCUUCUACGUAUGGUAGUGGACCACUCAAGGUUUCGGUGACCAGCAACCAAUAUGCUGACCUCAAGGACUACUGGAAGGCAUGGAAAGCAACGGGCGUACACGUGCCUGAAGAUGGCAAUAAUGGUGAGGCGUAUGGUCCAUCUUGGUUCCCGAACACGAUGGAUGCAACUACCGGACGCAGAGCCCAUGCACGUUAUGCAUACUACGACCCCAUCCAAUCGACGCGUACCAAUUUGAAGAUUGCCACGAAGACUGUUGCUCAGAGGAUUCUUUUCGACGGCAAGGAUAAGCCUACAGCCACAGGUAUCGAGAUCGUGGACGCUGCCGGGGCCACCUCAACUGUUCGCGCCAAGAAGGAGGUGGUUCUUGCCGCUGGCUCUAUCCAAACCCCUAAGCUGUUACAACUGAGCGGCAUUGGACCUAAGGCGGUACUCAAAGCUGCUGGUAUCAAAGUCAAGGUUGAACUCGAUGCCGUGGGCAGCAACUUUCAAGACCACCCCUGGGCUACGGUCAUGUUCAACACAACCACAAACACAUUCCCAAACCCAAACUCUCUCCUCACGAACGCUACAUUCAACGCAUCUGCAUGGGCGCAGUACGAGGCAAAUAAGACAGGCCCUUACACGAAUGCUCGUGGUAAUGCACUUGCCUUUAUCCCCCUUUCGGACAUGAUCACUGGUGAGCAGGUCAACAGCAUCAUCACCAGCCUGGGCAGCCAGAAAAAUGAGGACUUCCUCCCAGCGGUGUACAAGGGUAACAAGAAGCUCCUCAAGGGUGUCGCAGCUCAGCGCAGAGUCAUCGCUGACAUCUUCGGGCGACGAGACGCUGCCGUGGCCGAGUUCCCCGUCCCCUCAGACGCUGCUUUCAGUCUUGUCGGCAUCGAGAAGCCCUUGUCUCGCGGCACUGUCUACCUGAACGCCUCCAAUCCCACCGGUCCUCCCACAGUAGUCCACAACGCCUUCGUCAACCCAAUUGAUCGCGCACUCCUCGGACUCAGCACACGCUACUACCGCUCGGUCCUCGCCUCACCGCUUCUGAGCCGCUUCAAGAUCUCCGAAACCCUACCAGGCGCGCAGUACAAGACCGAUACCGAAAUCUUCGAUUCCAUGUUGGCUCAAGGCCUGCUCUCUCCUACUCUCGCCCACCCUUCUGGCUCGUGUCCCAUGAUGCCCGAGAAUGCUGGCGGCUGUGUUAGCGAGAAGCUGCUGGUGUACGGUACCAGACGCCUCUCUAUCAUUGACGCAUCCAUUAUUCCUAUUAUUCCGUCUUGCCAUCUUCAAGCUACAAUGUACGGGAUUGGCGAGAAGGCGGCGGAUAUCAUCAAGGCCAGGAGUUGA